UAUCUGAGCACAGUACGAUACAGGUUUCACCCCCGAAUUCUGCACUUUUUCCCUGCUCCCCGGUAUUUCUCGGGCUGGUUGAAUCCGGUUUCCUGUAGAAAACCACCUACCGAGAUUUACUCGAGUAUCCAUCCCCCUAGGAUACGGUAGAUUAUGCAGGCCUCGGGCCCCAUUUUCUCAACGUUCGUUAUUACGACCCCCUGAUGAGAGAUCGGGCGUACUGUAUUGACGUCUCCCGGGACCCGAUUUGGGACCCGUUGCGCUGUAUGUACCGCGUAUCUGUACUCGGGUCAGUGGCGAAGCACCGGUAUCGGGACAUACGAAGGGCGCGGAUGUCUCUUCGAAUACGAAAAAAUGUCCCCAGAUCUUGGCUUGGCUAUGUCAAGUUGGUAUUAUUCUCCUUUUUUAGGCAUCCGGGAGCCGCAACUUAUACAAACGAAGGAAUUUUUGCACUGGCCUUCCAUACCGUACUGUACUGUACUAGUACUCGAGUACCGGUAAAGCCUGUCGAGUGGCUGGUGACACCCACCCCUCUUCCCAACCGAACGCGUGAUUAUCUCGCAACCAAAUCACGUGUACCGAGUCCACUUUCUGGGAAAGUGAAGGCACUAUCUACGAGUACCGGUAUUCCGUUGAGGGUGUCGGCGAAAACUGUAACCCUUUCCUCCCACCGGGCCUACACAAAACUACACAGAGGCGAGCUUUCCGUUCCCCGCUUUUAAUAUCCUAACACCCCAGGGAAAGGAUAUCGGGAGGUUCCUCCGACCCACGCUUAACCUUCUGAACAUUCGACUCGGACAUCGAUACCGUCCAUCUGCUCGCAGUCGAGUACCCAUCCAGCCAGAAAGGGCUGCUCAUCGGCGUUGUGGAAGUCAAUCAACUCGCGUGUGACUUCUUCCCCCAAGUCCUCAUCCUAACCGACUGCACUCGAGUACUGGCACGAGUAUGGUACGAGCGCCGCUGGAAUCAGAAAGGGAAAGAAAAAGAGGGAAACAGAACCCCUACUGUAAACUCAGCUGAGGAAAUGACAGAAUGGGAAUGCCGCGCCAUUACCAAGAAGGGCUGCGGAAGCGAACUCCGGAGGCCAGUGCGAUACCGGCACAGUACUCCCCCGUUCACAACGUUUUUGCGGAUCGAUAUUGUGCUAUUCUUAUCGCAGAAUGGCUGAUCUAAUCUGAUGAACUAUUUCCAUUCUAAGACCUACCUCUUGGGAUCUUUGCCGGGGAAGGGAGGGGAAAGAGGAUAGCAAAACCAAGGAAUCUUUGUGACUUUGUCGAAACAACAAAAGAGCUUCCUGCGAGACCCGAAUCUACUUAUCGGCUUAGAGUUGGGCAAAAAGUCCCCGGGUAAAACAACAGAAGGUCGAAUUCUUCGAAGUCUCAAGGGGGAUACUGCUGCCUUGGUAGAGCCGUACUGUGAAAGUGUCAU